AUGGGAAGAACCAAAAAAACUUCCAAUAAGGUCCUAGUCCACCCCAGCGAAGCAAGUCCCAAGAAACGGAGGAAAGGAGCACAGCCUACAGGAAACACGACCUUGCCGGUCAUUGACAAGAUAAAGGAAAGGGAAAAACAGCAACAUAAGCAUGCAAACAGCACGCGGAAGAAUUAUGGCUCAUACAUCGACCGUGGACAGAAAUGGCUGAAGGUGCACGCCUCCGCUACUGGCUGUGGAGAUGAAGAAUCACACAAUGAUGAUGCUUACAAGGAUCCAACAUUCAGAGAUGCACUCAAGCAGAUACCUAACCAACAUUCAGAUAAAGCACUCGCACUCUUCAUGAAAACAAUGGCCAAAUACUGGGAGGAAGUAGCUGGUGAUACAUAUCGUGGAAAAUGGAGUUACAAUGAGAUACGGAGACGCUGGGAAGGGAAUCCUGCAUGCUCGGCUGAAGUGCAGGAUGUCAUUAAGUCAGUCCGACACAAGACAAAUAGUGAGGGCGCCGACAGAACUCACUCGAUUGCAAUGUCAAAAGGCUUCAUGGAUAGGAUUCUAAUAAGGUUGCUUGAAGGGGAUACAACGGCUACCGAUAACCUCACCUUGGAGCUGCGCACAUCAAUCACACGCGCUGUGAUGUACCAAGCGUUCAGCACCACUGCCUGGAAUCUAUGGACAAGGUGUUUUGAAUUGAUUAAACUCAAAAAGAAAGACCUUACAAUUGAUCCGUCCGAAGUCAACAUGGCUUUCAGGAAGUAUCUAUACAAUGAGACACUGUCGAUCAAGGACUCACAUGCUCGCUUCGAAGUGUUCUUGUCAAAUCGCAAAGGAUGGCAGCGGAAGGUGGAUAAAGGGCUGAAGGAGGCAGACUUGCGCAGUAACCGGUACAAAAUUUAUCCACAGCCAGGCAUGCCUGGCUGUGAUUGUUUCUUCUGGAUGCUGCUGUGGCUCGCCCUUCUUGAGAGGAUUCACUACAAUGGUGAGCUUGGGCCGGAGGACUUUGUCUUCCCCACAAUUGGCUCCAAUGGCAUCGUCCCAGACCCUUCAGUCAUAUUCAAUGUAGAACCCUGGCUCCGGACAUGCCAAAAGGCUGUAGAAUCCAUGCCAGCCAGUCACCAGCCGGUUAACGUAGAAUCAGUGCUGGCCAGUCUCUCUAGAAAUAGUGUUAGCUAG